AUGGCCCAAAGUGCUCCUUACAAAAUAUGUUUUGUACCCAAGAGCAGAGAAGAAGAGGAAGAAGAUUCAAAAAUCUACAAGAGAUACAGGGAGAUUAUUGCCAAACUUCCCACAACAGAAGGUUGGUCAGGUACACUCUACCAAUACCAAGGCUUUUGGUAUGAUUCGGAACUAACUAGUGGUGGACCAUUAGCAGUUCAAGAUCACUUCAAGCCAAAACCCAGUGAUAUUCUUAUUGCUAGCACCCCCAAGUGUGGCUCAACUUGGCUAAGAUCACUAGCCUUUGCUGUCAUGAAUCGCGAAUCUCAUCCUCCUUCAGAUCAGCAGCACCCUUUGCUCUUAUUCAACUCACACCAUCUAGUGCCAGUGAUAGAGGCAAGUCUAUAUAACGAUUAUGUCAAUGACAACCGAAUUCCUAACCUUGACAUUCUUCCAUCGCCUACUCUGUUCAGCACACACAUGCCUUACACAUCGCUACCGCAAUCUGUUACACAUUCAGAGACUACCCGGAUUGUUUAUAUUUGCAGGAACACCAAGGAUACUCUAGUAUCAUGGUGGCAUUUCGCGAACAAGUUCAGGUUGAAUAUUUCCUUGGAACCUCUGCAACUGGAAGAUGCAUUCGAGAUGUUUUGCAAAGGGAUGCUUUCAUGUUGCCCAUUUUGGGAUCAUGUGUUGGGUUAUUGGAAAGAAAGCUUAGCAAGGCCUCAAAAUGUAUUGUUCCUCAAGUAUGAAGAGAUGGUAGCUGAACCAGCUCUUCACUUGAAAUCAUUGGCAGAGUUUAUGGGAUACCCCUUCUCCUCAAUGGAAGAGAGAGAAGGGGUGAUUGAUCAAAUAAUAAAGCUCUGUAGUUUCCAGAAUUUAAGCAAUUUGCCAGUUAAUAAAACUGGAACAAGUUAUCCUGGUGUUUCAAACAGUUUCUUCUUCGGGCGAGGUAAAGUUGGAGACUCAGCAAAUUUCCUCACACCUGAGAUGAUUGAGCAACUUGACCACAUCACUGAGCAAAAAUUGCAUGGUUCAGGCUUAACACUCUAA